AUGUCUACUUUACCAGGAACGAUACCGCGAAUGAUGCGACCAGCGCCAGGCCAUAACUAUCCGCGGACGGGAUUUGCCUUGGAAGUUUCAACUCCGCUUGGCCAAGGACGUGUGAAUCAGCUGGGCGGAGUGUUCAUCAAUGGACGACCACUGCCAAAUCAUAUUCGACACAAGAUCGUGGAAAUGGCGCAUCACGGCAUCCGACCCUGCGUCAUCUCGCGACAGCUUCGAGUUUCUCACGGCUGCGUGUCCAAAAUCCUCUGUCGGUAUCAGGAGACCGGGUCUAUACGUCCCGGGGCAAUAGGGGGAAGCAAGCCCAGGCAAGUAGCAACGCCUGACGUGGAGAAGAGAAUUGAAGAAUACAAGAGAGAGAACCCAGGAAUGUUCAGCUGGGAGAUUAGGGACAAACUGUUAAAAGACGGGAUGUGUGACCGGGGCACGGUUCCUUCAGGUGAGGCGUCGUCCGUCAGUUCGAUUAGCCGCGUGCUGAGGGCCCGUUUCGGCAGGAGAGAUGAAGAAGACGACUGUGACAAAAAGGAUGAGGACGGAGAAAAGAAAUCAAAACAUAGCAUUGAUGGAAUUCUGGGUGAUAAAGGUAGCCGCACGGACGAGGGCUCGGAGGUGGAGUCGGAGCCGGACCUGCCCCUGAAGAGGAAGCAGAGACGGAGUCGCACCACCUUCACCGCCGAGCAGCUGGAGGAGCUGGAGAAGGCCUUCGAGCGCACGCACUACCCCGACAUCUACACCCGCGAGGAGCUCGCCCAGAGGACCAAGCUGACUGAGGCUCGCGUGCAGGUGUGGUUCAGCAACAGGCGGGCCAGAUGGCGAAAGCAGGCAGGAGCCAAUCAGCUGGCGGCAUUUAAUCACCUGCUCCCUGGAGCAUUUCCUCCAUCUGGGAUGGCGACCCUGUCUGCAUAUCAGCUCCAAGAGUCGACCUACCCCCCCACCACACUGCCGCAGGACGUCAGCAGCACCCUGCACAGACCCCAGCCCCUACCCCCUUCAUCCAUGCACCAGGGAGGGCUCAACGCCGACACCAGCUCUGCCUACUGCCUCCCAUCCAAUCGGCACGGCUUCUCCAGCUACUCGGACAGCUUCAUGAGCCAAUCAGCUUCUGGCAAUCACAUGAACCCAGUAAGCAAUGGGCUAUCCCCACAGGUGAUGAGCAUACUCAGUAACCCUGGCACGGUCCCAGCGCAGGCCCAGCACGACUUCUCCAUCUCCCCGCUGCACAGCAGCCUGGACUCCUCCAGCCCCAUCUCCGGCAGCUGCAGCCAGCGCUCCGACCCCAUCAAGAGCGCAGAAAGCCUGGCCCCCUCACAGCCUUACUGCCCGCCCAGCUACAGCGCCGGCUACAGCAUGGACCCCGUCACUGCAGGCUACCAGUACAGCCAGUACAGCCAGACCUCAGCAGCGGUGGACUACCUGGCCAAGAACGUGAGUCUGUCCACACAGAGGCGGAUGAAGCUGGGAGACCACUCAGCCGUGCUGGGACUGCUGCAGGUGGAGACAGGACAGGCGUACUGA